AUGUCACGCGUAUAUACGUCUCGCCAUGUUGUCUUUCUUGAGUAUGUUUAUCUGUUUUCUUCCACUAAUCCUAUCAGGAGUGUUUAUUUGUCUGAAAUUAAUUUUUCAGAUGAAGCUCCAGCUGAUUCAGUGGUGUUCUCUCCGAUUUGUCUCUCACAACAGCCACCGUUACAAAUUCUGCCGGACUCGUUGAUUCAUAUUGUCCUUGAAGAAACACAAGUCCCACCUCUCACAGAGGUUCAAUCAAAUUCCCAGGCCCAAGAGACAGCUCAAAUUACUACACCAAAUUUCCCAGCCCAAGAGACAACUCAAAUCACUACAACCAAUCAUAAGACCCAACAACCAAAUUCGGUCAAUCAUGACUCUGUUCCGUCGUCUUCCACACCAAGAUUCUCACCUACCGAAAUAAAGCCACCGCACAACACCAUUGUUGUUAGACCUGCCCCACCGCACGGGGUGCAAGCCAGUGACGACACCCAUGUGUCCCAACACUAA